AUGGCAUCAGCUACAACUUCACCAGCGAAAAAUUUUCUCGGAAACUCUUCGUUAUCGCAGAAUCGCUGGCAAGGCUUUCAAAAAUUACUUUUUAUACUUAAAAGUAGAAAAAACACUCUUACGCCAUUUGUGCCAUAUUUUAAAUUGAAUGAUAUUACGGAAAUAUUCGUUUUUAUAACCACGAGAAGAUUGUUAUCAACAGCGAGUCUGUCUGUGUAUUUACAAGUUGAUGGUACAUACAAGUUAAAUUGGAACAAUUUUCCUGUACUCGUGUGUGGUACAAGCGAUGCUCAGCGACAUUUUCAUCCUUUUGGAAUUGCCUUGGUUUACAGUGAUGAAUCGACUGCAUGUUAUGUUGAUUUAUUCAAAGCGUUAAAAUGGAGUAUACCAUUAGUUACCAAUCAAGCGUAUUACAUACAUUUUCUGAUCGCUGAUGGUUCCAAAGCAAUAACGAAAGCUCAACAACAAGAAUUUUCAUGUAUAAGGAAUCUGAAUGGCAAAAUCAAGAAACAUUACACAUUACGUAGUAAACUACCAUUAUCUGGUUUUUUGUCAAUUGGUUGUCAGACGAUUAGUGACUGGGCGUUAAAAUUACAUAAUUGUGUAUUUUCAUUAGAACCAAUUGUUAGUAAAGAUUUGGAAUUGUUUGUGUCAAAAUGGUCAACAAGUAUUUCAAAAUCAAUGAUACCAUUGCCUUGGAAUGUCUAUGAGCAAGUAGUACCAACGAUCCAUGUGCAACUGGAUGUACAACAAUGGAUUGAUAUGUAUCAACAUUGUCAAUUUAAUACAUUCGAUAAUUAUUGUCGCUGGUAUGAAUCUGCACAUAUUGUUUCUGUGCAACAAAUGUACUGUACCUGUCGAUAUUUUUGUAAAGAGUAUAUAUGCAAACAUGUGGUUGGUCUCAAAAUUGUAUAUGGCAUACACAAAUUACCAAAUGAUCGUUUACCACCUGGAAAAAAACCCAGAGAACGACCAAAAAAACAAGUCUUGCUCUAUUAUUUUGGUGAACACAAAUUGCUAUUUUUUGUUUACAAAUUAGAAACAAGAAAAGCACCAUUGUUGAUUCGUUUCGGCACAUAA